AUGUUCGGAGGAGGCGGCGUCGGCUCUUCGUGGGCAAAUCCGCAGCAAAAUCAACAACAGCCCUCAGCAUUCGGACAGCCAACAGGCUUUGGUGCAACCAACACGGGUGCCUUUGGUUCUACAGGAGCCUUUGGUCAACCAGCACAACAGCAGCAACCUCAGGCGAAUCCGAUGUUUGGAAAUUUAGGCGGAUCCAGCACAACCACCCCAGCGACUGGCUUCGGAGCAUUUAAUACCAAUACCAAUGCUUCCCAGGGAGCUUUUGGUGCGAAGCCCGCCACCGGCUUUGGCGCGUUCGGGGGAGGUGGCGCGUUUGGAGGUGGAGGUGGCGGGAGCACUUUUGGGGCACCUGCGAACAAUCCAGCUCCAGCCACGGGACUCUUUGGACAAGCUGCUCCUGCACCUACGACGGGCGCUUUUGGUGGAAGUACCAAUCUAUUUGGUGGAAACAAGACCACUGGAUUUGGAACAACGACAGCUCCCCCUGCAGUAACCACCGGCACCUCUAAUCCCCAGUAUUCGCCCUUCACUGAAAAAGACCAAAAUGUCACCUCGCAAUAUCAGGCUAUAUCAUGCAUGCCUGCUUACUCUGGUUAUUCUUUUGAGGAACUCCGUGUUCAAGAUUAUGCACAAGGUCGUAAAACGGCUGGCAGCUUUGGUCAGUCUGCAGCAUUUGGCACUCAACAACCCACCACCGGUCUAUUCGGCGCAACGCAACCUGCUCAGCCAAAUCAGCAACCCUCGCUUUUUGGUGCCCCAGCAAAUACGACGACAUCAAAUACUGGUUUUGGCGCUUUUGGUGGUAAUACCACGACAAAUCAACCACCUGCACCAGCGACGACUGGUUUGUUCGGAGGUACUACAUUUGGUGCGCAACAACCAGCGCAGACCUCAGCAUUUGGAGGAGGUGCAUUUGGCUCGACGCAGCCUCAACAACCGCAACAGCAAACAGGGUUGUUUGGUGGAGGUUCAGCGUUUGGUGGCACGGCACCUAAACCCGCGUUCGGAGCGUUUGGUGGUGGUGGUGGCACUACUGCUGCUACAACUGGCAGUGCUUUUGGGGGUGGCUCCGCAUUCGGGGGACAAAGUCAACAGCCUGCCCAACAAACAACUGGGGGUCUUUUCGGAAAUACGCAACCGGCCACAACCAAUGCGUUUGGCGGAAAUACAUUUGGCUCAACUGCCAAUAAGCCUUUGUUUGGGACGCAGCCAGCAACUCAACCUACAACUGGAUUUGGAAUUUUUGGCGGUGGCCAGCAGCAGCAACAGCAGCAGAACCCGCAACAGCCAUCACAAACUCAACAACCAUCUCUUUUCGGUGGCGGCACCGGAUUGUUUGGUAAUCAACAGCCACAACAGCAGCAGGGUGCUCAAACUACGAAUCCAUUAUUUGGUGGUUCAACCACCCAACAGCAAGGAAACACAGGUUUGUUUGGAAACAGCUUGUUCGGCAACAACCAGCAACAAAAUCAGCAGCAACCUGCUUCGACUGGGGCACUUGGUUUGUUUGGUGGCAAUAAAGCUGCUACCCCUCAGGGAUCAUUCUCGACUGGGUUCAACCAACAACAAAAUGCGACUCAGCCAACUCAGUCCCUUUUCGGAAACACUCUUGGCCAACAAAAUCAGCAAUCAAAUUUAUUUAACAAGCCUUCCCCUCUUGGUCAGUCAGCUUCGAUGGGUCAGUCGAUUGGAUUAUUUGGGUCGACAUUGGGAAAUCCUGUGGGUUCCUUCAAUGCCUCCGCCAAUACUCAAGGCGCACAGGGCACACUUACUGCGUCGAUAUCACAACCCAUUGGAGCCAAUUUGCCCAUCUUCGCCAUGCUGCCUCCAGGUCCUCGGCUCAUUGACCUGGAAUCUCAACCAAAGAAAAAAUCUGGAUUUUUCGUCGAUAUCCCCACCCGUUCCCCUGUUCCCCGCGUUCAGCUAGGAUACACCCCUGCCAACUCAAAGCUCCGUGGCUUUGGAUCUUCGACAAUGGCAUCUUCCACGACGGGAAACCCGUUCACCGCCUCCUUUACCACUGGGAAAGCCAAUGCUUUGACGUUGAACAAAUCUGUAGAUACCAGGGCGUCUUCUCUUGGGCCCGACGGAUUUUUGGGGCGAAGCGGAAGCCCGUCACUUGGGAGUGGAGGGCGUCAGAGCGUGAAAAAAGUGAUUUUGGACAAGAAGGUGGAUCCUUCAGAAUUGUUUGUCAAGUCGGGAAGCCCAGGAUCAAUGAAGGGAGGGAAGGUGACUUUCAGCCCGCAAAUGAGCGUCCUUGCUCGAGAAAAGGAAGCGGCGGCUGCGUUAGUAGCUCCAUCUGUCAUUGAAUCGCCUACGCCGGUGUCACGUCCUCAACGUAGCCCUAAUCGCUUUGCGGCGCAAGGUUCUCAGAACGGAACAGCUGAGGACUCUACCACGCUGGACGAAGGCGACUAUUGGGUGAAACCCGACCUUGCUGUGCUGAAAAAGGCUGGGUACGACCAACUUUCGGCCUUUGAAGGACUCAAGCUCGGGCGUGUCGGCUAUGGAGAAAUCACAUUUUUGGAGCCUGUCGAUUUGACCGGUCUCCCUAAACUUGGUGCACUUCUUGGGGAAGUCGUACGGUUUGACGACAAGGAGUGCAGUGUCUACCCUGACAGUGAAGAGGUAGACAAGCCACCUCCAGGAUCUGGGUUGAACGUCAAGGCAAGGAUAUCAUUGGAGCGAUGCUGGCCAGCGGACAAGGCGACGAGGGAACCGAUCAAGGAUCCCAGCCAUGCGAGUGCUGUGAAGCACCUGAAACGGCUGAAGAAUAUGAAGGAUACACAUUUCGAAGGCUUUGAUAUAGAGACUGGGAAAUGGACUUUUACUGUUGACCAUUUCUGA